CGGGCAGCCACCACCGCGGACAGGUCUCGUCCAGGACGGCGCCCCUCGCCCGCCGGCGUCGGACCCGGAGAAGGUCUUCCUCAGUUUUCCUGGAGUGAAGAAUUUGGGGAUGCACACUGGUGAAGGUUUAUAAACACGCCCAGCCACUUUUGCGAGUUACUCUCCUAAAAUGUCGCUGCCAUCUCACACUGCACGUCUUCUUUGGAAGAUUCUGCUGCUGAUAGAAGCCUGGAACAUUCUGGGCCAUGAUGCUCACUUUCUUUGCCUCAACCUCACUGUCAAAUCUCAGGCCAGACCUGGACAGCCCUGGUGUGAAGUCCAGGGCUCAGUGGAUAGAAAGCCUUUCCUUCAGUAUGACAGUGACAGCAACACGUUCAGACCUUUGGGUCUCCUGGGGGAGAAGGUAAACGCCACCAAUGCCUGGACAGACUUGACCCAAACGCUGGGAGAAGUGGGGCAAGAGCUCAGGAUGGUCCUGCCUGUCAUCAGACUGGAGAAGAACAGGACCAGGGGUAUCCCCACCCUGCAGGUCAAACUAUCUUGUCAGCGUGAAGCAGAACAAUGCACUGCUGCGUCCUGGCAGUUCAGCAUCAAUGGACAGACAGCCAUCUUUGACACGAUGAGCAUGAACUGGACAGUCAUUGAUCCCGGAGCCAGAGGGACCCAGGAGGAGUGGGAGAACAGCCAGGACCUGGCAGAGCAUUUCAGGAAGCUCUCAGCAGGAGACUGCAGUCACUGGCUGAGGGAAUUCUUAGAACACUGGGACAAAGUGCUGGAGCCCACAGAACCACCAUUAAAGGCCCCAGAUACCUACCCGUCUUCAUGUAUGUGGAUAAUUGCUGGGAUCAUCCUUUCCAUCUUCAUCGGCUCAGUCGUAAUUGGCACGAUCAUCAUGAAACCUACGAUGAGAAGAAGUACCAGGGAAGCCGAUCCAUCAUCUGAAGCUUCUUCUCUGGGCCAUGAGGAGGUGACAUUAGACCAACCUUUGGUGGCACAACAUGACUCUUGUUGACAGUCUGGCUGCCAAUCUGAUAUGCAAUCUUCUACUCAGAGAGAUUUAGUUCUCGCUACCUUCUUUGGCUGGCUCAACAUGAAAGAUCCCAAUUUUGGAAGAAGAAAAAACACGUGAGACAGAAUGAGCGAGUGAGCCAGAGCCCCGAGUCCCCGGCGCUGCGACCUCGGGGCCGCUCACAGCGGGGCUCCCCCGCACCCGCCAUGGCAGCCGUCGCUCUGUCGCCAAACGGAGAAAAAAAACAAAAAAAGACCCCAAAC